CGACCGAGUCUCUCUUCUCUGUGUCUUUGGAUUCCUUUUCCGGUCAGAUACCCCCAAUUCACAAGCCCCAGCACAUGUUUUCGGCUUAAGCUACGAGGAUGGCCGACUCUGAUCGUCACCUUUACACAACCACACCACACCCACAACCCCCCGACCUACCUUGCUUUAGCUUAAUAUUGUACAUAUGUCCCCUCAGGGGCAACCUGUGUUCUUUGCGCGCGCUUGCUGGAUUCCGUCAGAACCAUUGCAAUCAAGUACGACGACUAGCGAGGCUCUGGUGUUUCCUUGCGGCUUGCCGGAUUAUUCACAUGUGUGUUUCUAUUGACCCCUUCCUUUCACCCCUCUCCCCCCCCCUUUUUUUUUUAUUUCCCCAAUGGCGAAGCUUGCUACUGGAUCAAAGUUAAGAGAGGUUUCAUUUUCCUUUCCCGAGUCUCAAUUGCCGAGCUGUGGACUUGGACAAAAGGGAGAUUUUCUCCAGGACAGCCAUGCA